UUGAACGGAGGUGGUUUCGUUUGGGAAAGCACGCACCAUGCACGGACGGUGUUCGGUACUGCAGUAUACGUGCAUGUGCGUGUAGUUCAGGGUUAGCGCACGCAUAGCUGUCGUGUUUUGCUCCAAAAAAGCCGCAUUUCUGCUUCGAAAAACCGCCACGAACUGCCCGCAGUAUUCACCUAGGAAACCGCCCUCGAUUGUACGAGUCACCCAAGUCACUGUCAGCGUGGCAGGAAGCGCUGAAACAAGUGUGUGACAUCGACGGGGGUUGUCAAAGCUUUUAAUGUCUUGCAAGUGAUGGUACAUCAAGCUUCUGUGUCAGUGAAAUCCAUCUCAAGUUCAGCUGGACAACUGUAGUCAAAGCCGGCAUAUUAGUUCAUUCAUCGGUUUGGGACGUUGGUGUUUUUUACAAAGCUCCGCAAUCCUUCCCGCCAUCCUCUGCUCAUAACGGCCAAGGAACCCCGGGACAAAACCUGGUCAAAGUAAACUGCAAGAGCUCCCAGCUCAGCCAAGUCCAAGGACAAUAGGCACAGCCCUCUGACUGCUCUGUCUAGUGCACGGCCACCCACACACGCUCGCACGCUCACACUGGGUCUUUUUCAGGGGGGCCACUACCGCAUUUUGUCGCCUACUACCGGCUGGCUUCUCCUGCUCAGUCCCUGCCCAGCUUGGCCUGCCUGCUUGCCCUACGUUACAUGUCAGCCUCGCAUCGCUCCACCCGGCCAAGCCAAGUCCAGUCCUCGUCUUGAAUCACACCGCUUGAGGCCCUGUUCCCCCAGUCAGUCUGUCGGUGUGGCAACACAACUGGUUUCCUGCCGCAUGAAGUACCGCUGCCACACAAGAUUUGUCAGCCGGUGACCUGUGGCCUUGCUGGAUUUUUGGUGCCUCCUCAGGGAGAUAAAGGAAAGAAGAAGAGGAAGAAAAGGAACAAAACACCUAGCUGGACCUGCUCCUGUGCCCCCCUUGACUCUGCCUGGCUUUGCUCGGCUUGCUGCGCCCAUUAAAUUACAUGUAGUCUUUAUGCAGCUGACGUGGGAGCUGUCUGCUUGUAUGCCGUACACCUCUUGCACAGUGUGCCCGGUGGUUGCCACAUUGUUGCCCGACUGUUAUUAUUCAUUGAAAUAUUCACUGAACUUCAAUUGCACACUCCCUCGGAACAGAACAACAAGCGGUGUGACGUUGACCCACGACCCCUAAGGAGUAGAGGUGCAGCUUUUUACCUCGCCUGCUACCCUUUCUCUCUCUCACAGAAACACCUCCCUCCCCCCUCCACCUCUCCCAACACAACCUUUUUUUUUUCCCUGUCUUGUUUUUGACGAGUGGAGGAGUAGACCACGUGAGUUGAGUGAGUGCCAGCGAACCCUGCUCCCUUGGACUUCUGCUGUCCCGCUAUUGAGCUGAUCGGGGGCCCCAGCGCGGACUCUUGGCGGUCGUAGCCGCAUCAUUAUGGCCAUAGUAAGAGACACACAGUGGCUUAUGCUCGAGGCCUGCCGUGAGUUCCAGCGCGGCGCGUGCAAGAGACCGGACACCGAGUGCAAGUACGCGCACCCGGCCAAGUCAGUCGUGGUGGAGAACGGACGGGUGACGGCCUGCUUUGAUUCCCUCAAGGGCCGCUGUACGCGAGAAGACUGCAAAUACCUGCACCCGCCACCCCACCUGAAGACCCAGCUGGAGAUCAACGGUAAGAACAGUAUCGCAGCCCAGAAGAUGCUGCAGAACUUUCACAACCAGCAGCUGCAGCUGCAGGCUGCUGCGGCAAGCAUGCAGCUGCAUCAACCCGGCGCCACCAUCUUGCCUACGCACCAGGCGCUCAACUCACUGGAGUUGGUUGGCUGUCCAACUUACCCGUACGACCACAUGGGACGAUACAACGCCAGCUGCACUAGAUGCUUACAAACUGAGGCACCAUCCCCAGCGUUGAGUACCUCUCCUGCCCUCAGUACAUCACCCGCUGUGUCUGAAUCAUCUUUCUACAGUACCUACUUCUACCCCAUGCCUGUUUCCAUGCCCACAGCCAACCAAGUGCCCAGUCAACUCAACUCUAUGUACUCACCAUAUCUGACAGCAGCUCCCACCAUGGCUCCAGCAAGUCAUAUGCAGGAUUUCCCCACACCUGGUCAGAUACUGACCCCAAAUGGAACUGUAAUACCCUACCUUCCACAGCGUCCCAAGAACGACAAGUUGGAAGUCUGUCGUGAGUUUCAGCGGGGCAACUGCUCGCGGGCGGAGUGUAAAUUUGCCCACCCUGCGGAGGGGGCUGCUAUAGAUCAGCUAGACAACACCGUCACCGUCUGUAUGGACUACAUCAAGGGGCGGUGUAGUCGCGACAAAUGCAAAUAUUUCCACCCGCCCGCGCAUCUCCAGACCAAAAUUAAGGCCGCCCAACAUAAUAACAACCAAGCUAGCGUUGUGCUUCCGACCACGCCUGAAACAAUCAGCAAGAAACGAGCCCGGGAGCCUGCCGAUGACAUCAUUCUGAAUCCUGCAUUGCCGGGACUCAUUCCACCACCCAAGAAGGGGGUGGGGGCCAUAUCACACCUAGCAACACAGAGUGUGAUUCAACACCACCCAACGAUGUACCAGCCAGGUCUACCUUCAUCAAUGCAGAUGAAUGGGCAGCCGUCACAUUAUCUACCGCCACCAAAGGUGUCAGUGAAUUGGCACUACCAAGGUUCAGGCAGCUGGGUUGCCCUUCCUGCUCAAACAUGGCAGAAAGCUACUCCAGAAGUUCCCAUGAUGCCAACAGUGCCUCCUGGUGCCGCAGCUACUAUGCCUUCUUUCUACACACACCAAGUUAUGGCCCAGCAGCAGUCUGCUGAUACGAUACCAGUGUGUCGUGAUUUCAAGUCCGGUAGCUGCAAGAGGCCCAACUGUAGAUAUGCACACGUGACGGAAGACUACGUUGAAAUCAUAGAUGGCAAGGUAACGCUAUGCCGGUACGCGGCACAGAGCCGGUGUACGCGGCCCAAGUGUAAAUUCUACCAUCCUCCCACAUCUGCCGCCCUGGCAGUUGUGGCGGCACCUGUCUCCAUACCAGCUCUACCGGCACCUGUCGUCACAUCAAUUUGAUUUUCGAUAGAGCUUCCACACAAAACAAAACAAAGAAAAAAAAGAAAAACAGCAAGUGUUACUUGCGUCCCGCCGUGGAUCAUUCCAAAGAAUCUUUUAAAAACGAAAUGUUGAACAAGUGUCUAACAUGAUUUUUUUCCUCCUUUUUUUUUGUUUUAUAUUUCUAUAAUAAUGUUAUUGUUAUUGUUAAACUUUACAUAUUAAGAAAUUUUAGACAACUGGUACCGUUUUUCUAAAAGACGGCCACCGGUGAGUUCUUUUUACUUUUAGAGUAACUUUCUAGGUCUGAUGAGGAACUUUGAACUACUAACUUUUAACUGACUUGAGUUAACCUCGAAGUGCAAUGUGUUGUGUAAGUGGUAAGAAGACCAAACAAGGAAACAAACAAGUGUAUGGUCUAGAGGCUGUGCCAGAUGUUUACUCCAGUGGGGCACUUGAUCACACUCAGUUCCCACAUACUGCCAGACAGUUAAAACAAGAAGACAAACUCAAAGGGAUCACCCCUUGGUGUUUGUUGAACACUAUGUGUUGAAUCUAUACCAGGGUGGUUACAAAGCACCUUUGCGCAAUCAGAUGUUGUUAUGGGGACAAAGUGUGUAACGAUACGAAAGAUUAAUGAGGGUCAAGUGUUAAUAGCUACCGACACGUCAAACGUGCAUGUAAAUUAUUUCAUCGUUUAAAGUCCAAGAUUUUAACCCUGUGAAGGAGGGGCCUUAAAACUUUUAACUUUUGCAGCUGAGACAAAAGGCCUACAAGGCUAAUUAAGUUUCAUUUUGUUGUUGACAUUGUAUGUUCACCAGAAAAAAAAAAUUGUAUCUAGUCAAACCCCUCCCCCCUAAAAAAGAAAUGCUGAGUUUUUAAAAUGUGUUGCAGACAAAAAAAGCUAAAAUGAAAGCUGGCAUAAUAAUUAUGUAUUGAAAGAAGAGCAGUUGCUGAUCAGCAGUUA